UUGUUUACGCCAAAUGAAUCGUCCUUAUUCUCAAGAUGACCCUUCUAUUCCUUCAACACCCAUUACUAUAAAAAAACCUCGGUUUCCCUCUCCAAUACACACAACCUCUCUCCUCUCUUCUUCUUCUUCUUCUUCUUUCUUGUUUGUUUUUCAACUGUUGAGAGCUAUCAGAAUUAAUUUAAGCUUAUGCAUGUGUUUGUGACUGUGUUUGGGAGCUAGAAUUGUGGCUCCAUUUUUGGAUUGAGACUUAAUUUCAAGCGCACACAAGAACUGUUCUCUUCUUCUUCACCAGGGAAGUGUUUUUCAUAAGAUGGAGAAGCUGAAUUUUGUGAAGAAUGGUGUGCUUCGGCUGCCUCCUGGGUUCAGAUUCCACCCAACAGAUGAGGAGCUUGUUGUUCAGUAUUUGAAGAGAAAGGUUUUUGCUUGCCCCUUGCCUGCUUCAAUAAUCCCUGAAGUUGAUGUCUGCAAAUCUGAUCCUUGGGAUUUGCCAGGUGAUUUGGAGCAAGAGAGGUAUUUUUUCAGUACCAGGGAAGCCAAGUAUCCCAAUGGGAACCGAUCCAACAGAGCCACAAGUUCUGGGUACUGGAAGGCAACUGGUAUUGACAAAGAAAUUGUAACUUCCAAGGGCAACCAGCUUGUGGGUAUGAAGAAAACUCUAGUUUUUUACAGGGGAAAGCCCCCCCAUGGCGCUAGAACUGAUUGGAUCAUGCACGAAUAUCGCCUUGUUAGCACUGAAGCCACUGCGUGCAAUUCCCCACAGAAAAAGAACUCAAUCCAGAGCUCUUUGGUUCCAAUGGAGAAUUGGGUUCUGUGCCGUAUAUUUUUGAAGAGGAGAAGCAACAAAAAUGAGGAGGAAAAUCUUCAAUUUGGCAAUGAAAAUAGAGUGCGAAAGCUGAGGAAUACAAAGCCUGUGUUCUAUGAUUUCCUUACAAAAAACAGGACUGAUUUAAAUCUUGUUCCUUCAUCUUCAUCUUCAGGAUCAAGUGGAAUAACAGAAGUUUCAUCAAAUGAAUCAGAUGAUCAUGAAGAAAGUAGUAGUUGCAACAGUUUUCCUUAUUUCAGAAGAAAACCAUAACUACAAAGUCUGCAAGAAAUUCUCUGUAGUUUUUUUAGUCUUCAGUCCCCCUCUUCAAGUUCCUGUAUCAGUAAAUUUGGCUUCUGGUUUACAAAUCAGAAAUAACUCAUCUAAGCAAUCUAAUGCUUUAUCAUUA